UUGGUCGAGCACGAAUUUCUGAAUAACCGCAAUGCUUUAAUUCAUUAAUUAACAUAUUACUUGUUAUAAAUACCCUUGUGGCCGCAAGCUAUGUCAUUUCUUCUCUCUCUCUCUAUUUGACAUUCACAUGGCUAAGAAAUUUCCAAAGAUGGAGCCUUUGAAUAUUCAAUUAUCUGAGUUUUCUAAAGAGAGUUUUGUGAGAAAGCUUCAUGCACAUUCUUUUCUUCCAACAUACAACCUACCCCACGCUCCAUCACCUGCGAUACCGGGGGUAGAUUUGUCUUUUCAGGAAAACCCUUACUUCCCCGCCGCGGAAGCUGAUCAAAACCGGCAGACAUGGCUGAAGAUGAAGACGCAGCCGAUGAAGAGAGCGGCGGGGUCGGGGAAGCUGUUCAGGGGGGUGAGGCAGCGGCACUGGGGGAAGUGGGUGGCGGAGAUACGGCUGCCUCGUAACCGGACGAGGGUGUGGCUGGGGACGUUCGACACGGCGGAGGAGGCGGCGUUCGCGUACGACACGGCCGCGUACCUGCUGAGGGGGGACUACGCUCACCUCAACUUCCCUCACAUGAAGCACAAGAUCAGGGCGAACUCGCUGUGCAGCAGCACGGUGGCGCUGCUGGAGGCGAAGCUGAAGGCGGUGGCGCAGGCGAAGAAGGAGGCGGGAGGGUCGUCAUCUUCGUCGGAGGAGGUGAUUGAGAAAGGGGGAGAGGAGGUGGCUGAGAUGAAGAAAAGCAGCAGCAGCAGCAGCGUCGUCGAAGCGAUUGGGAUUGGGAGUGGGAGUGGAGAAGGUGAUGCGGUUCAUCAAUUGAGCAGAGUGCCUUCUUUGGAUAUGGAUAUGAUUUGGGAUGCUUUGUUAGUCUCAGAUUUAUGAGAUUAGUAAAAACUUUUUAAUUUUUUGUGUUUUUUUGGGGAUGUAUAAGGGAUUCUCUAUGCAAUAUUAUUGAUUUCUUGAUGAUGUAGAGUAAUACUCCUUUUCUUUUUUAAUGUUUUUUUUUCAUGUUUAUUUGCAUUAAUAUAA